AUGGGGGUGGCUUCGGAAGUGAAUAGGGAGAAGCAGUAUGCUACGGCGAAGGUCCCUCUCAAGGUGAUAAUAAUAGGGGCGGGAAUUGGGGGCCUGGCUGCAGCUUUGGCUCUUGGGAAACGAGGACACAAUGUCCACAUUAUCGAGUUUGCUCCCGAGAUCCAGGAGGUCGGAGCCGGUAUUCAGUGUGCACCGAACAUGCUUCGGCUCCUGGAUCGAUGGGGAGCAGGUGCCAAAGUUCGACGGACCGGUGUUGCGCUCGGUGCUAUCCAUAUCUUGCGGUGGCAGGGAGGAUCUCUUCUCGGCAGCGUUCCGAUCAACCAGGCGCAUGGCGAGCAGUUUGUCGUGCACCGUGCCGACCUGCAAAUGGCCUUGCUGGAGAAGGCCAUGGCUCUUCCCAAUGUGAAACUGCAGACCAACACGAAGGUCGAAAACGUCCAGUUCAGUCCGGCUGCGGUGGAACUCCACGACGGUUCGACAAUCUACGGAGAUGUGGUGCUCGCGGCCGACGGUAUCAAAUCCAUGGUUCGUGCGAAGAUUCUGGGAGACGACAAAGAUGUCGCAAUCCCGACCGGCGACGCGGUGUUUAGAGUCGUCCUCACCAAAGAGACGCUGAGCAACUACCCCGAUUUGAUGCCCUACAUCGAAGAGAAGAAGGCAAUCCGAUGGGUCGGACCAGGACGACACAUCAUAGCCUAUCCUGUGCGGAAUCAUGAGAUAUACAAUGUGGCGCUUGCCCAUCCUGAUCGUGGUCGAGUUGAUGAGAGCUGGACCACUGUGACAUCGAAGACGAAUCUGCUGUCGGAAUAUGAAGGAUGGGAUCCGAACUUGAUCAAGAUGUUGGACCUGGUCCCAGAGGGGGAUGUUUUGGAGUGGAAAUUGUGCAUGCACAUGCCUCUUCUAAGAUGGGUCAGAGGAUCGUGCGCACUCUUGGGAGACGCAUGCCAUCCCAUGUUACCAUACGUGGCGCAAGGUGCAGCGCAAGCCGUGGAAGACGCAGCAUCCCUUGGAGUGGUCCUCUCGUCGAUAUCAUCCAAGGACGAAAUCCCCGCUGCACUUCAAGCGUACGAGAAGGCACAGAAGGCCCGAGCCGAGCACAUCCAGCAAUCCUGCCUGUCGACAAGGGCCGCGCUUCACCUACCCGACGGCCCGGAGCAGGAGGCUCGUGAUCAGAAGUUCAAAGUCUUGUCCUCGGGCGGCUCGAACGAUGACAAAUGGGGGGAUCCACAGAUGCAGAAAUUCCUCUGGAGUUGGGAUGCUGAAGCUAAGGCGGAGGAAGCUUGGAGAGGUGAGCAGAGCCCUUUUUUUUGGUUGUGUUGA